AUGUUCACACAUCGACAUCUGCCAUCACGAAGCUUUACCAAGACGCCUAAAACUAGGACGAUCGUCAACAAUGUCAAUUUGUUAUAUUCAACAAUGUUACUUUUAGCAGUUAUAAAUAUGACCAUCAUGUUUGACAUGAUCGUAGCCUCUUUUGUACGUGAUGAAUUGACGUCACCAAAUCUUGUUCCUGUAUAUUAUGAAGAUAGCAAAUAUUCCCCAAAUUCAAACAUGAACUCAUUCCGAAUACUGAGUAGCACAAGUGUUGGAAAUAGAGAAGGAGAUAAUAUUCCUCCUUGCGAUGAUCUGUAUGGGACGCAAUUUGCUUGUGAUAUUCCAAACAUUUCGAACAAGACGUAUGAAUUCGAAGGAUGUCAACCAAAUAAUACUGUAAAAGUUUCUUGUACUGUCCGUGACGGUGUGACAUGUAGUGGAGAUAGAACCUUUUACAAGGAAAUUUCUUGCUUUUAUACAAACGGGUAUUACUUCUCCGUAGCUAUGGCAUUGAGCGUUUUCUUUGGAAUUUGUGGAAUAGAUAGAUUCUAUCUUGGUCAAGUUGGUUAUGGAUUAUUUAAAUUAUUUACAUUUGGUGGAUUUGGUAUUUUGUGGAUUUAUGAUAUUGUCUUGAUAGCUAUGCAACAGACUAAGCCAAAUGAUGGAAGCAAUUACAUUGUAGGAUACAAUGGUCCAAGAAACCUUAAAUUCAUUCGAAAUAAUAAUACUUAUGUAUUUAACUAA